ACCUAAACCAACACUGCUUACCAUAAUCACUCUCUCUCUCUCUCUCUCUCUCUCGAUGAAGAAGCUCUACAAAAAGAGUACGGUGCACCCGACGCCGUCGGCUGUGUCAGAGCACCUCCUCUCAUUUCUACCAGCGGCGAUUUUAGCUCUCACCGUCGCUCUAUCUCCGGCGGACAAGGAAGUCCUCGCCUACCUCAUCUCCUGCUCCUCCGGCAGCCAGCGCAGGCCAACCGCCGCCGCGGCGAAAGGAGGCGGCGGCGAUUGCCACAAUCCGUGCUUCAACUGCAGCUGCUUCCGCUGCUACACGAGCUACUGGGCGAAGUGGGAUGCGUCGCCCAACCGCCAGCUCAUACACGAGGUCAUCGACGCUUUCGAAGAAAAAGAGAGCACAAAAGAGAAGAGCAAAAAGGAACGGAGGAAGGGCAAAAUCGUCAAAUCCGGGGUUUCAAUUGAGCCGAAGAAAUCCGAGCCAAGUUUGACCGCCGUUGAACUUGAGUCAACCGCGGCGGCGGAUGGCGGCGAGGAGGAGGAGGUUGUUCCCACGGCGGAGGAAUUUGGCAAGGGCUCCUCGGUGAGGAGGUUUGUGAGUUGGGUAUGGGGCGUUUGGGGUUGAAAAUUUCAAUUCCUAAAAAGUAAUUUAAAUUUUUGUAGCAAUCAAUUCUGUUUUAAUCUGCAAUGUAAAUUAUAUCCAGUAAUUUAUAUGAUCAAUCAGCUUUAUGUUAA